AUGGCAGAUCUAAACUAUAAUGUAAAUGUUACUCUAAAACUUAAAAUCCCAAAAGAUAGGGAAGGGGAUCUCACUGUUGUACCACUCACCGGAGGAGACAGAGUACAGUGCGGUACCAUGGAGGUAACAUUGGACAAUGGAGAACCUAUUUUUGUGCCUCUCGCAGAAGUAAAUAACGCACAAUGCGGGUCUGCGGAAAUAUCUUUAAGUGCUGAAGAAUGGGACGCUAUCUUCACUGAAGGAAGCACCAGCUUAGAUACCCCUCCUUCAUCGGGGUCUCGCUCUCGUCAAUCACCAGGAGUAUCAGACGCAACAGAGAGGGAAGACCCUACACAAGUUACCCCCGAUGAAACGAGUAGUGCCUCCCGGGAACCAACUAGUGGGAAUGUUUCACAAGAAAAAGGGAAAGCGCGUGAGGCGCUGGAGGCAACUAUCCCAGCCCAAGAUAAUAUUUCACCAGACUUCAACCCUACACUGUUCUCCAUGGCUCUUGAGGAGGCUGAAUGCGAAUAUGCCCAGUUUAUAGGCUCCGGAAUUAAUUCGUUCGGCAUUGGUGGGUCAGGGGCUCUCGGAUUCCAUGAGGCUGGCAAUGUUCAAGAACCUUCAUCUAUGGAAGAGAAUAAACUACAGGCUAUCCCGGGGUAUGAGUGGCAGAGCGACGAGGAACUCACUCAGCUUCUAGGGGCCGCACUAGAAGAUUCCGAUAGUGGGGACGCAGAACACCCAACAUACGAUUCAGUUCCUGGUCUCGAGGAGGUCCAGACGCCCGAAGCAAACCAAGAAGAGCUCAAUGAGAUAGAGGACUAUGAUUUUGAAGAUGCACCAUUGACUUUGAUAACUGAUCCCAGCAGUUCUGUAGGUGACCAUUAUAUUCUGUCACAGGAGGACUCAACCUGGGAAGCAUACCCAAUCGGUCGGACACCAUCAUUUAGCUCUCUAUUCGGUAACUAUCGGGACAGCCCUGAGAGAGCGUCUCCGCAAGGUAGUUCUCAAAUAGAGAUAUUCGUGCCAUCGCCAGCGCCUGACGGUGAAGCCAGACCUAUCAACUCGCCCGAUCAUGAUUCGGAGAUGGAACUUGACAGUUCCACGGAGUACGACGAGGAUACAUCAGAAGAUGAAGGGAUGGGAGUUGACUAUUCGAACCUCGAGAUAGCUGACGAUGACAUGGAGGAAGAUGAAGAAACUGAACCAGACGCAAAUGAAGACGGAGCAGAAGGUGGGGUUAGUACAGAUGCUGCUACGGGGAGAUGUACUCGGGAGGGAUCUGAAGAAGGGGAAACGUAUGAUUAUUCUUCCGAUACUAGUGAUGAGGAUAUGGACCACUCGGAGGGACCACCCGGCGAUAUGACGCCAGAAAAUGCAACAGAUGAGUCAACAGCAAUGAACAAUUCUUCUCCUGUACCAGAAUCGCCACACCCCAUCAACGCAUAUGUGUCCCCGCCCACCCGUGCACGUGCAGAUAGUGAGACACCACUCUAUCAGCGGAACUCGGUAUACUGGGAGGGACAAGCAAGCACUGCGCACACAGUCUACCCCCAACCAUGGGAAGUGGAAGUUAAUGAACAGGCUAGGAUAUUAGUGUAUAAUGGCCAGAUAUAUCAACUGAUGGAUUACUCUUAG